CGGGGGCGGGACCGGACUCGCAAACUGUUGCAUUUGCUCUCUACUUCCCAGCUCACCCUCUGAGAUCUCAGGGAGCCAACGUGCUGGGAGAGGCUAAGGGUCCCGAGCAAACCUGGAGGCAGAGGAGGCAGCGGAGGGAAAGUGACCAGGCUAGCCGCUCCAGUGCGGGACAGAAGCCGAAGGGACGCCCGUGUCAGCUCUAGCCGGGCUGUGGCGGCUGCCAACGCCUCUUGCAGCGCAGCGGCUUCGAAGCCGCCGCCCCGGAGCUACGCUUUUCUCUUCGGUGAAGUUUUUGAAAGCUGCUAGAGACUCAGAGGAAGAGAGGAAAGUACCCGGUAGGACUGACGGCUGCUUUUGUCUUCCUCCCCUCCACCCCAUUGCCCCUUCCUGGGGCUCCUCUCCUGCUGCUGCCUCCUCCCGCUCCCCUCUACCCCCCCCCCCCCAAGACACGCACUUCCCCUCCACUCUAGUCGGCCCAGAGCGGCCAGCCCGAGUUUGCAGAGAGGUAACUCCCUUUGGCUGCCAGCAGACAAGCUAGCUCUGCGUUGCGAAGACUGCUCUGGUGAAGCUAGGCGAUCUCGGAGACGCUUCAGCUGUACAGCCAGGACCUGCCUGGUUAGGCGACACGCGGGGUGAGCCCCUAGGUUCCCCUCACUCCUUCUCCACCUCGCCCUGCAUGCCCCCGCCCUCUAGCCAUUUUUCGGGACCAAAGAUCAAAGGAUGAAAAGGCAAUCAGGUCUUCAGUAGUCCAAAACAAAAACAAACAGAAAAACCCCAUUCAAACCCGGACAAAACUGAGGGGAAGGAGGGAGAAAAACAAUAACCAGAUUCCAUUUGCACCUGCUUCAGUGGACACAAUCUGGAAGACGGAGAGUUGUUGUUGUUUUUUUAUUUUUUCUUUCAAGAUCUGAGCAUCUAUUGAAUCUAUUGCAAGUAUUGAACAGACUGAGAGCCUAGCAGGGCUGAUUUUGUCCAACGCGUGUGUUUUCCUCUGCACAAGACUUUGAGGCUGUCAGAGAAAUUUCGUGUGGUUAUUCCUGCAAGUUUCUUUCCCAGGAGCUUCCCGCAGGUGGGUAGCUAGCUGCAGUGACUACCGCAUCACAGCCUGUUGAACUCUUCUCAGCAAGAGAAGGAGAAACAGGAUAAAGGAAUUAGGUGGAAGAUUCAACCAAGCUCAAGGAUGGAGGUGCAGUUAGGGCUGGGGAGGCUCUACCCACGACCGCCGUCCAAAACCUAUCGAGGAGCUUUCCAGAACCUGUUCCAGAGUGUGCGAGAAGUGGUCCAGACCCCGGGACCCCGGCACCCGGAGGCCGCGAGCGCAGCACCUCCUGGCACCCAUUUACAGCAGCAACAGGAGACCAGUGCCCGGCAGCAGCAGCAGGGUGAGGAUGGAUCUCCCCAAGCCCAGAGCAGAGGCCCCACAGGCUACCUGGCCCUGGAGAAUGAACAGCAGCCUUCACAACAGCAGUCAGUUCCCGAGGGCCACCCGGAGAGUGGCUGCAUCUCAGAGCCCAGAGUCCCUUCAGCUGCCGGCAAGGGGCUGCAGCAGCAGCCGCCAGCACCUACGGACGAAGAUGACUCAGCUGCCCCAUCCACGUUGUCCCUGCUGGGCCCCACUUUCCCGGGCUUAAGCAGCUGCUCCGCCGAUCUUAAAGACAUCCUGAGCGAGGCCGGCACCAUGCAACUGCUUCAGCAGCAGCAGCAGCAGCAACAGCAGCAGGAGGUAGUAUCUGAAGCCAGCAGCAGUGGGAGAGCGAGGGAGGCCCCUGGGGCUCCAACGUCCUCCAAGGACAAUUACCUAGGGGGCAGUUCUGCCAUCUCGGACAGCGCCAAGGAGUUGUGUAAGGCAGUGUCGGUAUCUAUGGGCUUGGGUGUUGAGGCUUUGGAGCAUCUGAGUCCUGGGGAACAGCUUAGAGGGGAUUGCAUGUAUGCUCCGCUCCUGGGAGGUCCACCUUCUGUGCGUCCUACUCCUUGUGCCCAGCUGGCUGAAUGCAAAGGUUCUCUGCUGGAUGACGGCCCAGGCAAGGUCACUGAAGAGACUUCUGAGUAUUCCCCAUUCAAGGCAGGUUACCCAAAAGGGCUGGAAGGCGAGAGCCUGGGCUGCUCUAGCAGCGCUGAAACAGGAGUCUCCGGAACACUUGAGCUGCCAUCCGCCCUGUCUCUCUACAAGUCUGGAGCACUGGAAGAGGCAGCGGCUUAUCAGAGUCGCGACUACUAUAACUUUUCACUAGCCCUGGCCGGGCCGCCACCCCCUCCGCCGCCUCACCAUCCUCAAGCCCGCAUCAAGCUAGAGAACUCACUGGACUAUGGCAGUGCCUGGGCAGCUGCAGCGGCGCAAUGCCGCUAUGGGGACCUGGCGAGCCUGCACGGUGGGGGUGCAGCGGGACCCAGCUCAGGCUCACCCUCAGCUGCCUCCUCUUCCUGGCACACUCUCUUCGCGGGUGAAGAAAGCCAGCUGUAUGGGUCCUGUGGCAGUGCUGGUGGCGGCAGCACAGGGGAGGCCGGGGCUGUAGCCCCCUAUGGCUACACUCGGCCACCUCAAGGGCUGGCUGGUCAGGAAGGCGACUUCCCCCCAUCUGAUGUGUGGUAUCCUGGCGGCAUGGUGAGUAGAGUGCCGUAUUCAAGUCCCAAUUGUGUCAAAAGCGAGAUGAGCCCCUGGAUGGAGAGCUACUCUGGAUCUUACGGGGACAUGCGUUUGGAUACUUCCAGGGACCAUGUUCUGCCCAUUGACUAUUACUUUCCACCCCAGAAGACCUGCCUGAUCUGUGGGGACGAAGCUUCUGGCUGUCAUUAUGGAGCUCUCACUUGUGGAAGCUGCAAAGUCUUCUUUAAAAGAGCUGCUGAAGGGAAACAGAAGUACCUGUGUGCCAGCAGAAAUGAUUGCACCAUUGAUAAAUUCCGAAGGAAAAAUUGUCCAUCUUGUCGCCUCCGGAAAUGCUAUGAGGCAGGGAUGACUCUGGGAGCUCGGAAACUGAAGAAACUUGGUAAUCUGAAACUACAGGAGGAAGGGGAAGUUUCCAGCGCCAACAGCCCCACUGAGGAGCCAACCCAGAAGCUGGCAGUGUCACAUAUUGAAGGCUAUGAGUGUCAGCCUAUCUUUCUGAAUGUCCUGGAAGCCAUUGAACCAGGCGUGGUGUGUGCUGGACAUGACAACAACCAGCCCGACUCCUUCGCAGCCUUGCUGUCUAGCCUCAAUGAACUAGGUGAAAGACAGCUUGUACAUGUGGUAAAGUGGGCCAAGGCCUUGCCUGGCUUCCGCAACUUGCAUGUGGAUGACCAGAUGGCAGUCAUUCAGUACUCGUGGAUGGGGCUUAUGGUGUUUGCCAUGGGCUGGCGGUCCUUUACCAAUGUCAACUCUAGGAUGCUCUACUUUGCCCCUGACCUUGUUUUCAAUGAGUACCGCAUGCACAAGUCCCGGAUGUACAGCCAGUGUGUCCGAAUGAGGCACCUCUCUCAAGAAUUUGGAUGGCUCCAAAUCACCCCCCAGGAAUUCCUAUGCAUGAAGGCACUGCUCCUCUUCAGCAUUAUUCCAGUGGAUGGGCUGAAAAAUCAAAAAUUCUUUGAUGAACUUCGAAUGAACUACAUCAAGGAACUUGAUCGUAUCAUUGCAUGCAAGAGAAAAAAUCCCACAUCCUGCUCAAGGCGCUUCUACCAGCUCACCAAGCUCCUGGAUUCUGUGCAGCCUAUUGCACGAGAGCUGCAUCAGUUCACUUUUGACCUGCUAAUCAAGUCUCACAUGGUGAGCGUGGACUUCCCAGAAAUGAUGGCAGAGAUCAUCUCUGUGCAAGUGCCCAAGAUCCUUUCUGGAAAAGUCAAGCCCAUCUAUUUCCACACACAGUGAAGCUUUGGAAGUCCCCAUUUCCUCACCCAACCCCACUCCCCUUUUCAGAUAUUUUCUGCCUGUUAUAACGCUGCACUACUUCUCUGCUGUGCCUUGGGGAAUUUCCUCUAUUGAUGUAUAGCCUGUUCCUGAGUUCUAUUUGCUAGGCUUUUUUUUUUCCUCUUUUCCUUCUUUCUUUUUUCUCCCUCCCUAUCUCACCCUCCCAUGGCACUUUGAGACUCUGCUCCCUGCCAUGGCUCUUAUCUGUGUUUUGAAUGGUGUUGUGUUUCUUUAAAUCUGUGAUGAUCCUCAUGUGGCCCAGUGUCAAGUUGUACUUGUUUAUAGCAAGUGCUAUACUUGCAAGUGCACACUGUGCUGUGUGCCAGCCACACAAACGUUUACUCAUCUAACGCCAUGGGAAGUUUAGAGAGCUAAGAGUAUCUGGGAAAACAAAAACUAACACACACAAAAAUAACAAAACCAAAAAUCUUGCUAGGAUAUUAUUCCUCAUAAAAAUAUAAAAACAACCCCCCAAAAAAUCUAACAGUGACUAGAGCAAGGUGAACAUUACAAGACCAUGGAGAGUCACUGCUUUUUUCCCAAACCCUCCCUCCAAGACUUUAUUUUCUGCCAAUAGCUAUUGCCAUUAGAGGACAGGAUGACCCCAGAGUGGAGCUGGGGGGAGGGGAGAGACAGAUUUAAGACAGUCAAAGAAGACAGCUAAGUCACCACUACUUGACUACAGUAUUGGUCUCUGACAUCUAAAUUCAACUGCAGUACAAUUCAUUGUACUGAAAAUGUCCUUCUUGUUUGAAACUUGUCUGCAUGUGAAUGCCUCCCCAUCCCAAUCUCUCUCUCCCUCUCCCUCUCCCUCUCUCUCUCUCUCUCUCCCCCUUUGCUUUUGCCCUCAAAGUAACUUUCAACAGCUUUUCUAAGAACUUUGAACAAAUAUUCUCUUUACCUAAAACUUGGCCACUUCCAGUGAAGAGUUAGAUCAGUGAGAAAGAAGAAAGAUCUUAUCCUUUGGAAGGCCCCAUUCAGAUCCAGGUGUGCUUUCCCAUUUAUGGGCCAAGGAGGAACUUGGGGCUGCAGUCAGAGGAAAAGGAAGUAGUGGCUUGGCUCUUCUCCACUUAGGACACUGAAGAAUUGAUCUCUCUUUUUUACACCUUUGAAAGACCUGAAUGCUUUCAACCUGACUCCACGUAGCUGCAAGGUCUCCGCACCACCCUCCCUUGAGUGUUUUGUGGGCCUGAACUUCACCAGCCACAGUGGUGAAGCCUGUGUACUUUUCUAGGCAUGUUCACAUAGACUCUCUGCUAAGAGCCUUCACCACCAAGAAGGCUAGCAAACAAGCAGACUUAACAUUUAUCCCUAGAUGCAAAUAGACUCAAAGACUUCCAAUCAAAUAUCUCUUAUCAACUAUCAGAUCUUCUCUGGAGCCCUUAGACAAACUGGAAAGAAGGUGUCAACAGGAUUGGACAAGUUGGGCGACUUGCCCUUGUCCCCUAAAGAUGGUACUUCCCCACCAAGUGGAUAAAUGCCCACCUUCUCCUUCAGAACAGCUAACAUGGCUACCCAGAUUAGGGUUAAAGAGAAAGUUCAACUACCAGGCUGGGAAGAAUGAAGGCACUAGAACCAGAAACCCUGUAAGUGCUCUCCUUGCCACCCAGCAUAUCCACUUGCAGAAGUCAUGGGAAGAAGAGAGAAGAAACCAAGAGGAAACUCACUACUAAAUUAAAGUCUUCAGAGGCAAAGUUCAAAGCCAGAUGGGUGCCAUCUGGUGAGUUUACUCAUCCUCCUCCUCUGCUGCUGAUUCUGGGCUCUGACUUUGGCCAUACUCACUCAGACUCUCCACCUAUGUUGCUGCCUGUCAGCCAGAGGAAAGCUGAAACAUUGACAGUAUGGAACCAUGGCCUCCUAUGGAAAGUUCUGGUUGAUGUGGCUCCAGUGGGCUGCCACCCACGAACUCAGGCUGUGUUCCUGGGACACUGGUUUCAUAUAGUCCUUUGGCACACCUCUGUUCUGUUGACUUUGUCCGCCAAACCUAAGUGCAGAGGGAAUGUUCACCUACUUUUUCAUCUUAGCUACUGCCUUCUAACUUAGCUCUUAAAUUCAACAGCUAAACUCAAGAAAUUAGGAGGCAGUCAACAAACUGCCCAUUUCAGUUGGUUCACUUUACUUGUUGAGGAGAUACUUUCUGAGUGAUAUGAUACGAUCUACAUGGGUUUCCUCCCCUGAUUUCUGUGUUGAUAUUAAUAGCCAAAAGAACUUGCAAAACAGCUUCUUUAAAUAACAAGGGAGAGGGGAACCUAAGAUGGGUGAUAUACCAAUCCCUGACUGCUGGAUAAAAACUAAAGCUGACAGGUUCUCUUUCUGGCAUAAGAUAGACAAAUUAUGGUUUUCUUUGUUAUGGCACCAUUUGACUUAUAUAAGCUCACAGGAUCACUUUUAGCUAUUUUAAACAGAAAAAAAAUACCACUUUUUUCAGUUAAACUAGGUUACAUUUUAAUAAUUCCUUUACAUCUGUUUUGAAAUGAUUUUAAUCUUUUGUGGUACAUGGAUUUGAUGAUAUCAUUCUAAUACUUCUCCUUAUAAAGACUAGAGGCCAUCCUAUCCAUUUCUCUCACUAUCAAAUUUUUCAUCUUUAGAAAUUUCUCAAUUAUGACUCUUGUCCUUAUAAAUACACACAUACAUAUAUAUGUUUUUACUUGUGAAAGUGAAAAAUCAGUGUAAUUAAAAACAGCAACAACUGGAUUACUCCAAAUUUCCAAAUGGCAAGACUAGGGAAAAACAGCCUAAGCAAGGCUUUAAGCCUACUGUUUUUGCACUGGGGAUUCUAUGAGAGGAAAUAUUUUAGCUUGGCUUUAUUCUCCCACAGAUGAAAGAAGGGUUUGUUUUUUUGUUUUGUUUUGUUUUGUUUUGUUUUUGGUCAUUUAUGUUCCAGGCAAGCUAAGUGACAGAAGUCUCAUGUUGUAUGUACUCUGCUCUACAAACAGAGUUGACAUGGUUGGUAUACUGUGCUCACCUGUGAAGGAUUUGACACCCAGAUCCACUCACCUGGUGAGCUGGAAAAUGAAGAUGACUCACCAGACAUAUCACAGUGGCUAUCUCCAAAGAGAUUUUCAGUGCUCACUGGGGAUGGAGAGUGAGGAAGAGAGGAAAAAACAAGAACACUAGGGAAAACACCCUAUCUGUGUGGACAACAGACAGCUGCCAGAGUCACAAACACUGUGGUCAAAGAAAAGAUUUGUGUGGCAGUUUCAGCUCUUGUUCAUUGGGCAGCUUGCCCAGGCCUGGCCUCCGAGCUGAAAUGGGGAUUGGAUUCUUUUCCAUAGCUUCUCUAUGCCACAGACAGUGCUGUUGUUCUUGUAAAGCUUAUUAUUUUUUUAAUGAGAAAGGGAUUUUUUGAAGGAUUCUGUCAUAUCUCUGAAAAAGAAAAUCAGUAACAUAUUUUAUAUAUGUUCACUGGCACUAAAAAUGAAAAAAAAAACAGUUUAACUCUGUCUCUCUGUCCUUUGGAUAGUUUCUGAGGGUUGAGAAAUAGUGUGCUGAUACUGGAGUCUCUCUCUGUCCACACUUUAUUUCUAAAUGCAUAUAUAUAUAUAUAUAUAUAUAUAUAUAUAUAUAUAUAUAUAAGAAUUCUAUUUGUACUUUAAGAGAAAGUAGUUCCACCAUCCACAUGAUACUGACAUUACACAAAUGACCUAACUUAGAGCUUCAAGUAGCUUCUGUUUGAUUCAUUAGGCAUAGCACAGACCUGGCCUUGCCUUGUUUUCUCCCUUGAUAUUUGGCCGGGCACAAAAGCCCAAGCUACUCCCUUUACCCCUUCCUAAACUUGUGCCACAGUAGCACUUUAUAAGAUUCUCUCCAGACAACUCAGUAGCUAUUCCUGCAUGUUUCCUGCAUGGCCCUGGGAAAGCAAGAGGUUGACUACUAAUUAUCCUGUGCCAGUCGUACAGAUGAAAAGGCACUGGGCCAAAGGAGUGGCCUUCAUGCUUGACCCCCUUUAGGGAGUCAUGGGAAUCAGAAAUGCUAAAGCACAGGAUCGAAUCCCAAAGUUAAAGUCGAAAUAAGCCAUUUUGCAUGUGCAAUUUCUUGUUAAAGGAACUUUCUACCCCUGCUGCCUUUUAUAGGCAGUUCUGUUCUCAUCACUAAUCUCUUUGAAAAUCUUCGAAAGAUGUUUAAAAAAAAGACAAAGAGAUGAGAGCAUCACAUUAUGUAACCAAAGAUUACAUUGUAUCUGCUAAGAUACAAAAAUUUUUAAGGGCAGGGAGGGAUUAAACAUUAGUGCCUCUUUGGUAAGCUAUCCAAAGACAGACUAAAGGACUUGGCUGGUGACUGACUUAUAAGAGAUCUGUGGGACUCCCCCUCCCCACAAUAUACAUGUUUAGAAGAGAGAAAGAGAAUUUUUUUUUUAAAAAAAUAAGAUUAUGGGUCCUUCACUAAGUGAUUUUAUAAGCAGAACUAGCUUUCCUUUUCUCCAGUAGUUGUUGAACAGAUUUUUAAAGCUCCAUCAUUGCAUGGUUGGAAAUGGAGCUGUCUUGGCCACUGUGUUUGCUAGUGCCCAUGUUCGCUUAUUUGAACACGUGAAUACCUUGCUGAAAAAGGGAGCAUUAAAAGACUAGAUUUUGCAUUCGAAAGACAGCAGGCAGAAAUCUUCAUUUCUGCCCACUUUGGAAGACACAAAAAGUUGACACAAAAAGUUCUCUGUGGUUUAAGGCAGACAGUUGAAAUAUAUUGUAAAUGAGUAUUUGUAUCCAUGUUUCAAAAUUGAAUUAUGUACAUAGAUAUUAUGUGUUCUGAUAGCUUUACCUUUCUCUGCACCUUUAUAUUUCAUUGCAGGUCACAAAUGAUACCAUGUACUUGUGAGACAGGCUGCAGUUACAUUUUGUAAGCUCUCAAAAUGUAAAAGACACCUUGGUUGAUCAGAUAACUAACAGAUCUCUGUCCCUAUUGGGGCCUGACCCACAGGCCUUGUAAAGGAACAGGAGUGGAAGGAAUGGUAGGGUACAUGAUGUAUUGCACUUUACUAGCCUGAGACUAGUGAAUGUUUAAAGGGUGGUGAAAACUUAUUGGAUCUGACUGGGAUUUACUAUAAGAAAAGCCCAGAGUUGAAGCCAAAGGCCCACCAAAAUGAUUAGCCAGUGGCCCCCUAAUGGGACUUGAGCAGUUGGAAGACAGAAGGACAUUCUUUGUUCUUCACCAUCUUUGUGAGAAAAGGGCAGUUUACUGCACUUGGGAACCUGGAGCAAGUGCUCCAUCUUUCCCAUAAUUUACUCACCUGCGAUUGAGGUGCUCUUGCUACUGGGUGUCUAUAUGCUUUGAUUAUGGUUUGGGUAUGUUCUGUAAAGAUUUUGACAAUGAAAAUCUGUUUUUCUCUGUUAAAAAGUUGACAGUGGACUAGAAGUAAUAUUGCUGUAGGUACAGGUCUGUCUCUGCCCACAGGUAGGGGUGUUUUUCUUCAGUUCAGAGAUUGACACUGGGGUCCGUUGCUCAGAGGCUCCCAACGCUUAACCAUUUCUAGGUGAAAGCAGAAAAAAUCCACAUUAUUCACCCCUCUUCAGACACUUCAGCUGAAGUAACAAAACAUUUGAAAUGUUCCCACACACCAAAGUGAAUGGUAAGUAUUUGAAUUGAGCAGGUGGAGUCUUAAAAGGAAAAGACCCUUUGACUCAGCUUUAAUUUAUCCCCAUUUGGUUUGGCCAGAAACUAAGUAGUAUGUCUUGAUUGGUUUCCAGCCCCCAUUCUUAUAGCAAGGGUGCAGUUCCAUUCCUUAUCCCACUUGUCUCUUAGCCUUUUAUGUAAUUAAAUGAGAGGCUGUGGACUGAAUGGCCCAUGUGGCCUAAAAUAGUUUCCACAUGCACUACUUAAAUGGCUGUGAUAUAGCUGCAGGUUACAUUGGUGACCAAAGACCGGAAUACACACAGACCCUACAGAAAAGAAAAUUCUGGAAUGUUGCUGCUUCUCAGGUGGUGCCCUCUCUCCCAGAUGCUUCCUACUUUGGGACUGUGUUUCCUGCCCGGCAGAAAGGGCAAACCUGCAGUCUCUCUCAACCUUAGCCCUUGCUGCUAACUAUCCAGCAGUGAGGUGCCUGUGGGGUUGUCCUAUCUCACAAGCCAUUCAGGUGCUGAGAGCAGUCACCAUUGGGAUGGCCCAAGCUAAAAAAAAAGAGUCCCUUCAGCACUCAUUAACACCCUUCUGCUUUCUCCUAGACUGGAACAUUGAUUAGGGAGUGCCUCAGGCAUGACAUUCUUCCCCUGUCCUUGAGAUUAAUAUGAGCAGCAGGAAGAAGCAGAUUAUGUAACCAGAUGUAAGAAUUAAUUUUGAUAUUGAGAAAAAAAUAAAAAGAGAGAAAAGGCAUCAUAUACAGAUUUUUCCAAGGAAACAUUAAUUUUGCUUGAAACUUGUUUCAAUGGAGCUUCAGUUCUCACAGCAGCACUUGGCCUCCACUGGGCAGGAGGACCAGCCCCAAGCGUUAGUGUUCUGUUCUCUUUUUGUAAUCGUGGAAUCUUUUGUUGCUCUGAAUAUAAUUAAAAUGGCAGAAACUUGUUUGUUGGAAUA